UUCUGCAGGCCCGUGCACAACUCAUGCCGCUCCCUCGCAGCCUGUCCGUCACGUCCCUCCCAGGGAUGGAGGAGUGGGACGAAGACUUUGAUUUGGAGGAUGCUGUGCUUUUUGAAAUCGCCUGGGAGGUUGCUAACAAAGUUGGAGGCAUCUACACGGUGAUCCAGACCAAAGCCCGCCUGACCGCAGAGGAAUGGGGAGAGAACUAUUUCCUGGUGGGACCCUAUGUGGAGAGCAACGUGCGCACACAGGUGGAGCUAAUCGAGCCCACCAACCCGGUACUGAAGAGGACCAUUGACCAAAUGAACUCCAGUGGAUGUAAGCUCUACUUUGGUCGCUGGCUGAUAGAGGGCAGUCCUUAUGUAAUUCUGAUUGAUGUUGCAUACACCGCCUGGUCUCUGGACAGCUGGAAGAGCGAGUUGUGGGAGCACUGUUCUAUUGGAGUGCCGUGGUUUGACCGAGAGGCAAACGAUGCCGUGCUUUUUGGCUUCCUCACAGCAUGGUUUCUUGGGGAGUAUGCAGCGCAGUCGGAUGAGCCUCCUCAUGUUGUGGCCCAUUUCCAUGAGUGGUUGGCGGGAUUGGGGUUAGUCUUAACUCGACAGAGGCAGCUCCCCGUAGCAACCAUCUUCACUACUCACGCCACACUGCUGGGAAGAUACCUGUGUGCCGGAAAUGUGGACUUUUAUAACAAUCUGGCACAGUUCAAUCUGGACAAAGAGGCAGGUGACAGACAGAUAUAUCACCGGUACUGCAUCGAGAGAGCGGCUGCACAUUGUGCUCACGUUUUCACCACCGUGUCCAAGAUCACUGCUAUAGAGGCUGAGCACUUACUCAAGAGGAAGCCAGACAUCGUCACUCCAAAUGGACUUAAUGUUAAGAAGUUUUCCGCUGUACACGAGUUUCAGAACCUGCAUGCCAUGAACAAGAAUCGUAUCCAGGAGUUUGUCAGAGGCCACUUCUAUGGGCAUCUUGACUUUAACUUGGACAAGUGCUUGUUCCUUUUCAUUGCUGGAAGGUACGAGUUUUCCAAUAAGGGAGCGGACCUGUUUCUGGAGGCAUUAGCUCGACUCAAUUACCUCCUCAGAGUGAACAACAGUGAUGUGACCGUCAUAGCUUUCUUCAUUAUGCCAGCUCGAACAAAUAACUUUAAUGUGGAGACUUUGAAGGGCCAAGCAGUCCGGAAGCAGCUUUGGGACACAGCUCAGACUGUGAAAGAACGCUUUGGGAAGAAACUGUACGAGUCGCUUUUAGUUGGGCAGCUUCCAGAUGUGGCCAAAAUGCUGGACAAAGAAGAUUUCACGAUCAUGAAGCGUGCCAUCUUUGCCACGCAGCGCCAGUCCCAGCCUCCGGUCUGCACUCACAACAUGUUAGAGGACAGCAGUGACCCCAUUCUCAACUGCGUGCGCCGCAUCGGCCUUUUUAACAGUUCCUCUGACCGUGUUAAGAUAAUCUUUCAUCCAGAGUUCCUGUCAUCCACUUCUCCUCUACUUCCAAUGGAUUAUGAGGAUUUUGUGAGAGGCUGCCAUUUGGGGGUCUUUCCUUCUUACUACGAGCCAUGGGGCUACACACCAGCUGAGUGCACUGUCAUGGGAAUCCCAUCAGUGUCCACAAAUCUCUCUGGGUUUGGCUGCUUCAUGGAGGAACAUAUUGCAGAUCCCUCAGCCUAUGGUAUUUACAUCCUGGAUCGGCGCUUCAGGGGAGUGGAUGAGUCGUGUAACCAGCUCACGUCCUUCCUCUUCCAGUUCUGUAAGCAGAGCCGGCGCCAGAGGAUCAUCCAGAGGAACCGCACCGAGCGCCUCAGCGACCUGCUGGACUGGAGAUACCUGGGACGGUAUUAUGUCGCAGCUCGUCACAUGGCACUGGCCAAAGCCUUUCCUGACACCUUCUUUUAUGAAACUCAUGAGCCCACGUCGACUUCCGGAUUCCGAUACCCGCGGCCAGCCUCCGUGCCCCCUUCCCCAGCUCUGUCCCGCCAUUCUUCCCCCCAUCACAGUGAGGCAGAGGACAACGAGGACGAUGAUGAGCGCUACGAUGAAGACCUGGAAGCAGAAAAGGAUCGGGUGAACAUUCGGCAGCCCUACAACUACCCCUUCAAAAACAAAGUCGCUGCUACACAGGCGACCAACAGCGUCAGAGACAGUUACAUCAACGAUAAGAGCGAUAGGAGCAGUGAGUUGAGCAGCGAAUUGAGCAGCGAUAAGUGGAGCGACAAGGGGAGCGACAAGGGGAGCGACAAGGGGAGCGACAAGGGGAGCGACAAGGGGAGCGACAAGGGGAGCGACAAGGGGAGCGACAAGGGGAGCGACAAGGGGAGCGACAAGGGGAGUGACAGUGGGUUUGACAAGGGGAGCGACAGGGAGGAGUGA